AUGAAUACCAAAUAUUUAAAACUACCGCCAUCUUCUAAUGGUCUACUCAAAAAAGUUCGAAUACCAAGAAGAUUAAGAAGAUCUCAAAUUCCUUUUGUUUUACUUUGUCUUGGCCUCAUUGCAUUCACUGUUAUCUAUUCGACUGUGUAUUUAAAAGAUGAUUACUUUACUUCUGAAGAAUUUAUGGCCAACCUAAGUAAAUACACUUAUAACAGCAAUAAAAUUGUUAUUUUUCCUAAAGAUUGUCGUCUACGGAAUGAACAACUUGGUGACUAUUACAUAAACACUUUGCAUCACGAGUUACUUGCCAAUGAUGUGGUGUUCAAGAGUCAUAUUUCCAAUAAAUUAAAGAAAGUGUCUUAUAAACCAACUUCAAUGGAAAUAUUUAAAACUUCAGAGAAAAGCAAAUGUUCAGCAUCACUGAUCCCCUUCAAGGUUAGUCGAGCGUACAAUAUGAAUACAGAUUUGUAUAAAAUUUUAGUUCGUUUUGCUCAUGAAGAUAGUGAAUAUUAUAAAGAAAUGCAUCCAUUUUUCCCUGAUUUAGCAAGCCAGUUAAGAACUCGUACAAUUGAAAAAUAUUGGUUUCAAAUGAUUGGUAGUUCAGUAUGGUUGGAACAGUAUGGUGUUCAUCUUAUGAUUUCUAGAAUUUUUUACACCAAAACUGGAGAUAAAGUUAAACCAGUGAUGUCAUUGUCCUAUGUUCAAGUAUAUGAUCGUGAUUGGAAUGAAUUGGAAAAUGUCGAAUUAAUUGUACCUAAUGAUGAUGAUACAAAUGGUGCACCAGAAUAUAAGUCUGUAUCAUAUCCUAAUUUCUUACCCGUGCCUGUCUAUCACAAUGUUGCACAACAAAAGGGAAGAUUCUAUGGAGCUGAGGAUCCAAGAAUAAUUUUAAUCAGAAAUGACAAGGGUUAUGAAGAACCAAUUAUUAUUUUCAAUUCUCAUAAUAGAAAGAUUUCUCAGGUUAAAAAUUUUAAAGAUAUUUGGAGUACUGUUAGAUUGGACAUGUAUAGAUCGAUGUUUAUGGGUUGGUUAUGGAGAACUCAAAGAGGAAAAUCAAAUAUUGAUGAAGUUAUGGAUCAAUCUCACUUGCAGGAUGUAUAUGUCAAAGUGAAAGAAUUGAAGCUCCCUUCGGACUUUACCCUUAGGAAAAAAGAAAAAAAUUGGACACCAUUUAUCGAUUACGAAUAUAGACAAAAUAAUGGUUAUGAUUCAGAUCUUAAACUUAUCUAUCAAUUUCAAGACUUGAAGAUUCUUUCAUGUUCACUAAAUCCAACUAUAACUGAAUGUAUAUGGGAAUAUCAACAAAACGAAGAGAAUCCGCCAGCUAUAAAGAGAUUAAGAGGUGGUACUGAGCUUAUAAGUAUUAAUGAAUUGUUAGACAACUCGAAUUAUAACGAAUUGAACAAGUUCAAGCAGAUACUCAUCCGUGAUAAUAAACAGCUUUGGGUUGGAUUUGCCAGAGUUGUGUUGAAAAAUUGUGGCUGUGGUUUUAAGAUGUAUAGACCUAAUUUGGUUGUGCUCCUUAAAGAUAGUGAAGGUUAUUCAUUUUCAGCUAUAUCAUCAUUUAUGGAUCUUGAUGUCCCUAUUAUCCCAUGGUAUGAUGAUGGGAUGAUUUGUUCAGGAAAGAAUCUUCUUGUUCCCAAUGGAAUUUCUUCGUGGAAUUUUGCUAAAGAUAAAUCAGGUAAACCCAAUGAUUAUUUGACAUUGACUUUAUCACGAUCAGAUGCUACUGUUGAUAUUUUAUUUGCUAAAGGGAUUUUAAGAAAAAUACUUACUGAAUCGUUAUUACCAUCUCCUUUGGUGAAGAAUGAGAAUAACGUUAAAUGUGCUAUUAAAUCAUCAAAAGAGUUCUGUAAAGUAUAUGCUGAACAUGCACAAAGUGAUUACAAUAUGCAAAUGAACUCAUUAGCUUCAGAUUUAUUGGAACAUAUGAACCAUGUAGCUACUGCUGCUGCUGCUAGAAAUAGUCAACAAACCGGUUUAUAG